ACUAGAACAACGACGCAGCCCGCCCAACAUUUCAGUGUUUCUCGUUUGGCGCUAGAGAGCAGUCAUUUUCCGCCGCCAUUUUCUCUGCGACGCCAUAGCGUUACAUUUCCUUGUUUUCUUUUAAAAUUUUCUUUUAAAACCACUGUUUUAACCGAUUCCAUAAGUGAAAACAGUACCACGAUGUCUACCACGAUAGAUGAGAAUUGAAAAGCUAAUACUAGAAGCCAAAACCGUACAUCAAGAAUGUCCAAAGCGAUCUUCUUGAGGCAUUAGGAGCUAGAAGGCUCUUCACAACCCUCCUGAACUAUCAAUGCUAAAUUACAGGCUCGUCUCAACGCACUUCUUGAAGCAGCCGUAGAUUGUUGAGACCGUGCGAACUUUAUCGACUGCAAGAGUCGUACCAGUAUGUGUCGGGACCGAGAUAUGACGAGGCAGAGUUGUGAAAUUAUCAAAUAGACUGUUGUGUUUGACAGUAUAGUCUGUAUAAGUCAAUAGUAUACCCGUCAAAACGGCGUUCGUUUCCGGGCUACCGUUUCGUUUUGUUUCUUUCAUUUUGUUUUACAUUAAAGGAUAAAUAAUAGGCCGGUUGUUUAGUGAUUGGUUGUGGAUCAUACGGCUGGCCCGCGUCCGGGCUUUAGAGUCGUGGCAAGUCGAAACCGGGACAACAUUUCCAGAAUUAUCAACUCCAUAGUUGGCGCUGCCAGAUACUGCAUUUUUUGGGUAUCAUUUUUCAGAAACACUUUCGGCCGAUUACUUUUGGAAAUUGGGGAUUUAGUUUCGAGGGUAGACUUAGCAAGAUGGUUCUUUUGGAAAUUCAGGGUUUCGGCCAAGCAUCCGAUCGUUCGAGCGACCGUCGCAUUGUAAUAUCAAACGGGUGGCGUGCGCAGUGCAGUGAACAGGAUCACGAGGGGAGAGAGAGGGAGGAUAUGGCUGCCCCCGAGUGUGAAAGAGAGGCCCGCAAGCGACGCGAGCGCCGGGACUCUGGAUGUGCUCACGAGCGCAAGGAAAGAAGACCACACAGCGAAGAGCGGCUCCCACCUCCGCCGCCGCCGCCACCACUACAUGAUUACAAUAGACUCGAGUCCGAACGCCGUGCAGAAAGGCUGUCUCGCGCACGAAGACCACAGUUCGGCAAAAGACGGCGCGCGCCCCGUCUCCCGCGACAGCCCAAGGAAAAUGAUCACCCAGAUGACACUCGCAGCGGAACACCCCCACAUUUCGAAUACGUUGUCCAACAGAAGCCAGAAUUGUAUGAAGAAAUCCUACCGGCAUCCCAAACGCAGACCUACUAUUGUGAGGAACCUGGUUUUAGUAGACGUGACGAACGGAGUGUCCCACCUCGUCGCACGCAAGCCAGCCCUGACAGACGGCUUGAGAAGAUUAACAAGAAGAUCGCCGUUCUAAAAAAGACAAUUUUCAAAUACGAAAACGACUUCGAAGCACAAAAUGGACGUGCAAUAUCUCCCGGCGAAAGAAUGACCGAUGUUCAAUACAAUCGUAUGCUGGAGACGCUUCGACGCAUGCAAGCAGAAAAGCGCUGCAUCAAAUCGGAUCCCGUUGAGUACGCGCUGAAAGUUCAAGCAGCUAAAUUGCAAAAGGAAAGAGAUGAAAAGCUGGAUGCAGCGCUAAGAAGUGAUAAGCCAAUGGGGGAUAUUGUUAGGGACAUUGAAGAGUGGAUCGACGGUUGUCGCCAAGCAGCGGGUAGAGCAGCCAUACCCGAGUCGUCUUGGACGUCAGCCCAGCUUGCAGCGGAAAAGGCGUGUGUUCAAAGAGCCUUAUUACGUCUAGAGGCGGCUAGAGGCAGGCCGGCAGCGAACACUGCGGAACGCGGAGCCGCGAGACAUUUAUAUGAGCGAUACAGAGCUGUCAAACGAAACCUGCAGACUAGAUCUGAUACUAUGGGAACAAAUGGUGAAUUAGCGACAAUUCACGAACAUGAAACGAUGCUGUUCACGAGUGUUGACAGUUCCAGUGAUUCUCAAGAGAAACCAUCUGAUUCUUCACAGGAAACGACUGAAACUCCCCUUCAGUCACCCCCCAGUCGAGACAUAAUGGAGGAGAUGCCAUCUUCCACUUCUUCAGCGAAGUCAGCCACGAGUGAGGAGACUCCCUCCAAUGAGGGACUCCAUUUCCUCGGACUAGAAGACCUGGCGCGAGCUCUAAGUGAAGCUAAAAUGCAGAAAUGCGUCCUACGUCGAACAAUAAAAGAAUAUGAGUUCAACUUCGAAGUGCAGAACUGCAGGAAAGUGCAAAGAGAUGACAAGAAGGGAAAAGAGGAAGAGUAUCAACGGUAUAAAGCGAUAAAGGCGCGUAUUAAAUUAUUAAAUGCACUCAUUAAUAAGCAGAAAGCUCUACAACAAUUUUGAACAAUGUAAAUAUCGACGUUUUUAUAGCAAAAACUUCUUAUAAAUUGAAUCAUUGCUAAAGAUUCAAUAGAAAAUUGUCAAUAUAUUUUCCAGAAUACUGAAUGUGAGUCGAUUGUCAAUAGAUUUUUAAGAAAUUCAGAUUAAUUUCUAAUCGUCUUAUCUGUCAAAGAUUUCGUGGACAGUGUUUUUCACACGAUCCUUAUUAGUUUUUCUUAACCAAGUGGCGAUAAAUGACACGUGUCAACUGUCAUCUCUGUCUACCGUUUUUCGACAACAUGUCAUACCUUGAAACAAAUGGGCAUCAAUGUCAUGUGUCAAAUGUCAUCUCUGUAAAAAGGAACAGAGCUUUGUGUUUGUGAUGAUUCAAUGGAGAUUUUUAUUAAUGUCUUAAAGUUAGUUGGAGAUAUUAAAAUUUAUAUGUAAAUCUAAAUAUGAAUAUGAUAUGUAAAUUAAAUGCCACACGACAAAAUAUCGUAUGUCCUUAUAACUAUAAUGUUUCAUUUAUUAAUUAUUUCUUUGUAAAUAAGUACCUAUGGAAUAAAUAGCUUGUAAAAUUUCAGUUAUCAAGCCUAACAAUAAGCUUCUAUGAAAUAGGAGUAGGAUAUUACCAUUUGAUCUUAGCGUCAUAAAACUUCUUAUUUUAUACAAAUUAUUACAUUAGUUUAUGUAAAUUCAUCGUCGUUGUCGUAACCCGAAAAUUAAAUUAUUUCAUUGUACACUUCUAUAAUUCACCUAUAAAAUAUAAUAAUACAAAAUAGUCGAUUCUGCAAUCAAGCCACGACACUUAAAUUCUAGCAAAUAUGUAUUACAAUGCAAUAAUGUACUUACUGUCAUAAUAUGAGUGAAAAUUUUACCAAUAUAUUUUACUCUAACAAAUCCGUUUAUAGAUAUUACUUUCAUACUUUCAUCAAGUAAGAUGUGAUCGAUAAUAAAUUGCCUUUCUAUUAAACCUUACCUUAUUACAUCAGUUCUGAAACGUUUUUCAGGUGCGUUUAGAGAGUCCCAAUGAAAUCAUUUAAUCGUCGAGGUUGUACUGUUAUGAUUAAUUAGAUAAAUAUUAAUUUAUCACAUAGUAUAACUACACAGUUCAAAUAGUUAAUUUGUCUGUAUACUGCAGUUGUAUUCAGCCUUCGCCUUGAAUCUAUUUGGAUUAACGCACGUAUGUUCAGAACUUGAAAUAACCGGUUUUUAUUUGUACAAUUAAUGUUCUUUCUACAAACCCUUACGCCCUCAAAUAAAAAGAAAUACAAUAUAUCUACAAACUUUGAGGUCCAUAUCUACAAAGUUUGAGGUCCAUAUUUACGUCGGAGAGGUAACAAAUAAAAAUAAAUUCUUAAAA